GCUAUUUCGAAAUAACCGUCUGCUUGUUAUUUACGCAUGAAGUUGCCACAUAUCAUUUAUGCAAAGAUUCCUGUUCAAUGUAGAAGAGAAGUAAAAAGAUAUAUAAAGAGCUAUUACAAAAGGAAGAUGCUGUUAACAACAUUAAUUUUAACAACAUUGGUGCUAAGCGUCCGUGGUGUUGACAAAUGUGGAGACCAAUGUACAUCUACGCAAGUAUGUGCAAACAAUGGAACAUGUAUAAAUAAAUCGGACUUAGUAAAAUGUGGAUCAGUGUUUUCAUCGUACUACUGCUAUAAGGGACACGAGUGCUGCGGUUUUGAUGGCUGUAUGCCAGCGGGUGAAGUAUGCUGUGGCAGCCUUUUCUAUUGUCCGAGUGGCCAGACUUGCUGCGGGUCAAUGUUCUGUUGCAAAGCAGGAACUUUCUGUGAUGGAAAUGGGAACUGUGUUUUAGAUGAAUAUUCAACCCGCAAGCCGUCGACAACGAGACCGGCUGAAACACCUACAACAAGAUCAAGAACUCCAUUUCCCACACAAUCAAGAACGCAGUAUCCAACAUUUAAGACGACGAGAUGGUUCAAUGAUUACACAACCAGAAGUUCAUUCCGACGAACGUCAUCUACCAGUACGUUCAAAUGGUGGUAUGGUGUAAUUGUCGGCGCCGCUGUCGUUACUUUGGCAAUCAUCAUCGCUGCUGUCAUUUGGAAUCACAGAAACAAUACAUCAAAUGCGCCAGGUCAGUCAGGUAAAGGUGGAAUGGUUCUAAGCGCUCCAGCCCAGACCUAUGGACAAUCACCUGGAAAUAACAUGCCUAGAAUGGCACCAAAUACAGGUGUAACGGUAUAUACAAAUGGACAACCACCAAAGCAGAACCCGGCUUUCGUGGUAACAGAGAAAGAUGUUCCGGCACAGACAAAAAGUAAACCGCCUAACCAAGGCACGGCUUUUGUGAUUACAAAGACAGGUGUAUGAUUAUCAUAAGAGUCAUGACUUAUGAAAUAUCCCCAGCACACGACGUGCCAGAUCUUUCAUUAUUCCCCCAUCCUUGGCUGGCAUAAUUUAAUUGCAGAAUCCGUCCGUUAGUUCUUUCGUUGGUCCCUGAUAUGUGUCCGGUCUGUAACUUUGUCAUCAAUCAAAGGAUACUAAUAUUACUGGCACAAACUUUUCCCAUAAUAAGACAAUGUUUCAUGAGCGAGACUUGGACCUGUAACUUAAAGGUCAAAGUCGUACUUGGAAGUCAAAGGUCUACAGGGUGUUUUCUUGUCUGGUCUAUAACUUAAAUCAAAGGAUUUUUUAAAAUAUUUCUUGGCCCAUAUAUUUCCCACAAUCAGACAAUGUGUCAUUCACAAUACCCAGACUCUAGCUCAAAGGUCAAGGUCAUACUUCGAGGUAUAAGGUCAGAAGCUUUUUUCCUGUCUGGUCCAUAACUGUCAUCAUUAAAGCGAUUUUAGUAUUACUAGGCACAAAUGUAUUCCAAAUUGAGACGAUGUGCUACAAGCCACAAGCUCAAAGGUCAAAGUCACACUUGGAGGUCAUAGGUAAAAAGCUUUUUUACAUUUACCCAGGUAUUACAUAUCAGUUAACACUUUUGUUCAAAAUAAGCAGUCGGGUGUGUGAGGGCGGGAGGGGGGUAUACGGGGGCUACACAUUUUCAAAGUAGUUUAUUGUUAUUAAAGAAAUCCAAUCCAUUGAUGCUCAAGUAAAAUGAUAUUUUUAUAUGGAAAGAAUAUUUGUUGAUAUAAUAAAAUGUAUUGUACAGUAAUGUAAAUCAUUAGUUUUAUAUUGCAUCGCUUUUUUUGGGUAUUUCGUAGGUAAUGUGAUUAUUUGAAUUUGUAUGUAUGUCAUGUAUCACGUACAAAGUCAUUAUGCCAGACAAUAGCUGUUACAAUUGUCGAAACUUUUACUGCAUUGGAGACAACACUAGACACAGACUAAUUAAACAAUACACAGAAAAGUUAGUGCCAUAACAUAAUUUUUCGGAAUGUACCUGUUCUUUUAAGUCUUUGUCCUUGUUUUGAAGAAGUUCUAGCAAAUGAUGUUUCAUCUCACAUCAGAAGCUAGUUCUGUUUACAACAUCUUAAGUCGCAUGAUUAAUAUUUUUAUAGUCGUCUCCAUCAAGUUACGGCACGUUCCCGUGCGUUUUCCCAACCAGCAGUCAUUUCCACUGCAUCAGUAGAUUUCACAGAAUCCAGGACCAUGUAACCAAUAAACAUUUAAGCUGUUAGUUUCAGUUUUUGAAUACUAAGACCGUUUUACGUAUUUUUGCAUUCAUAUACUAACAGUUAAUUAAAUUCUUUUUAACUAAUUAAAAUUAAACGUAUGGUAGAUUUAAGUAUUAAUAAAUGGUUUCCUUUUCCUUGGUUGCCGUCAGCGGAACGUGUUGAAAUAGUUGUUUUACUUGCAUUGGUAAUAUAAGUAAAAGCAAAGUUUUAUGAAGUUAUCGUAUUUCAUAUAUAUAGCUACCUUUUAAUUGGGAUGAGUUCCAGCUCGGUAAUCUCAUUAUAGCAGUGAACAAAAAUCGCGGACUAAUAUUUAAGCUAAGCGGGCCUCUUUCCUGUAUAAAGUGGAUCUGUUUGUAGUAUGGUAGACUAAAAGAGGAAUGAUCAACAAUUUCCCGGCUCAUUCACCUUGUAUUGAUGUUUCACUAUCUGGCAUUACUACUAUUUUGUCAGAUAAGUUGUCUCGUUUGCAAAUAUCAUGUUUUACGCAUCAAAUAAGGUCAUGUUUUGUUUAAUGUUUAUAACAUACUUUGUGUAAGCAGGUCAAUUUCACAACCGUGCAGUUCAUCAAAGACUCCUGACCGUCGAUCAACUAGAUAAAUAUAGUUAUGUCUCCAACCACACAGUGGUGUGGGAGACAUAUUGAUUUACUCCUGUAUGUGUGUGUAUUCGUGUGUGUCUUCGUGUGUGUGUGCGUGUGUGUGCGUGCGUGCGUGCGUAUGUGUGUGUGUGUGUCACAAAACUUGUCCGCACUCUAAGUCGAACAUUUCUCAUCCGAUCUUCAAUAAACCUUAACAAAAUGUAUUUGCCAAUAAGUCCUUGGCCAUGUUCGAUAACUAGCCAAAUCGGCAUAGGCAGUUCGGAAUUAUGGCCCUUGAAACGUGUUUUUGAUAAUAAAAUCACUCAAGGUCUGAAAGACAGUUGAGGUUUUGGUGCAUGGUUGAAUCAUAUACUACUAUUCAGAUGAUUAGGCAGUUGUGGAAGACAUGUGCUUUUCUCAAAAGCAGCUCUAGUUUCGCAAUUAAUUAAAUAAAAGGUGGGACAUACAUUUUUAACUGUGACUAUAUUGAUCUAUUGUGAUAUAUGAAUGUAUUACAGUUACAAACUUUACUGUUUUUAUAUGUUUUACGCUUCACAUACUAUGUGUAUAUAUUUUUGAUAUUUCUACAGUGUUACUAAUUAUACUUUUACCCAAAUCAA